AUGAAGUAUCUCACCGUCAUCGCAGUCCCCUUCCUCGCUGGUCAGGCCCUGGCCUCCCUCAACUGCACCGUCGUCUCACCUACCCUCACCAAGCGCUACUGUGAGUGGGAUGGAUGCCAGGCCUACGAGACCGCAGUUGCGAGCGACAUUGUCCAUGCUGGAUGCCGUGCCGACUGUGAUACCAAUGAAGACCCAUGGUUGAAGCUCUACGAUGGUUCAUACAUCCGAGCUGCCGACAAGGAUACUAUCAAGGACUGCAGAUACCACUGCGUGCCCUUUCCCAUCACUGGUCUCCCACACUGCUACGAGGAAGCAGGCAAGCGUGCGCCGACCAACUGCGCCGAUUCUUCCGCGUCGGGCCUGGCAAGCAAGAUCCCUGCGCCCCAGACCCUGGGCACCGAGCCUCCACCGUUCUCAGACAUCGUGACGAAAUGUUCUCUCGGGACUGCUAAACGCACUGCAGCACCUCUUGUUGCUUAA